GCUGCAGAUUGCGAAAAAAGACGGAAGACUACAAUGGAAAGGCGACACUUCUAUACUCAUCUCUACUCCUGGCUUUUGUUAUACCGCGCAUGCGCAGAACAGUGCAGCAAUAACGGAAUGCAAACGGAAUAUGACACUUACCUUGGAGGUCACGUGAUGGAAAGGCGACCAGGCCUUGGUGUCGAGGGCUGUACAUUCGCUUGCCUUGACCAUGCCGACUGCAGAAGCAUCAACAUCGACCUGACGACCCACAUGUGUGAGCUGAACAAUGCAACCAAGGAAGACUUCCCGGAGCACUUGACACGAAGGCCCAGGUCCCUCCACUCCACGAACGACUUCAGCAAUAAGCCAUUUUUUGAAGCCUCGUGCGGUGAUUGGCUGAAGCGUGAUCCAAACCUAAAAUGCGGCUAUUACUGGGUCAAAACAAAACGGAAGAAAACACUAGCGUACUGUGAUAUGGAGAGAUUUGGUGGCGGGUGGACGCUGGUUGUGACCAUCAGCGCCAUGAAAAGCGAUCAUCUCCAGAGAGCGGAGAACAACUGCGCAGACUCCACCACCUGCGUCAUCUUCACCGAGACCGACAUCCCGGGAAGGAAGCUCUCCGAUGAAGACAUUCUUGACAUCGUCGGAACCGAUGGCGUAUUUAUGGUAGAGACGGCGUACAGUCCGAUGGCAAAGAGUGGCAGCAAGAACAAGGAAACGGUGUUUUACAAGAUUCCCAGUGGGUCAAACAACUUCAACUCGUCUUGCCGGUACACAGUUUAUCCAUUCUUACAAUAGACCUUUAUGGGCAACAGAGCACAAGAGUACGUCCUCAAUAUUUGACAGUUUUGAUAAUGGAGAGUGUGGUAGCCAAUGGUACUCAAGUCAAAUGGCCAAGCGAAUGAUGUAUGGUAAACAUGGACUUCAUGGAAUAUUCAACAUGCGGCAAGGCUAUCUCUGGGUGAAGUAGUUAGCACAGGGAAAUCUAUAGUGAUCUACAUCCAGUAGAGCACAGGGAAAUCUAUAGUGAUCUACAUCCAGUAGAGCACAGGGAGAUCUAUAGUGAUCUACAUCCAGUAGAGCAAAGGGAGAUCUAUAGUGAUCUACAUCCAGUAGAGCACAGGGAGAUCUAUAGUGAUCUACAUCCAGUACAGCACAGGGAGAUCUAUAAUGAUCUACAUCCAGUAGAGCACAGGAAGAUCUAUAGUAAUCUACAUCCAGUACAGCACAGGGAGAUCUAUAGUGAUCUACAUCCAGUAGAGCACAGGAAGAUCUAUAGUGAUCUACAUCCAGUAGAGCACAGGGAGAUCUAUAGUGAUCUACAUCCAGUACAGCACAGGGAGAUCUAUAGUGAUCUACAUCCAGUAGAGCACAGGGAGGUCUAUAGUGAUCUACAACCAGUAGAGCACAGGGAGGUCUAUAGUGAUCUACAACCAGUAGAGCACAGGGAGAUCUAUAGUGAUCUACAUCCAGUACAGCACAGGGAGAUCUAUAGUGAUCUACAUCCAGUACAGCACAGGGAGAUCUAUAGUGAUCUACAUUCAGUAGAGCACAGGGAGGUCUAUAGUGAUCUACAUCCAGUACAGCACAGGAAGAUCUAUAAUGAUCUACAUCCAGUACAGCACAGGAAGAUCUAUAGUGAUCUACAUCCAGUA